AUGGCGGCGCUGACCUUCCCCACGCCGCUGCAUGGGCACGUGGGUCGCGGUGCCUUCUGCGAUGUGUACGAGCCCGCGGAGGAUACAUUCUUGCUGCUGGACGCGCUGGAGGCGGCGGCGGCAGAGCUCAUGGGAGUGGAAAUAUGCCUUGAAGUGGGGUCAGGGUCAGGAGUUGUGUCCACAUUCCUAGCCUCUAUGAUAGGUCCUCAAGCUUUGUACAUGUGCACUGAUAUCAACCCUGAGGCAGCAGCUUGCACCCUCGAGACAGCACGCUGUAACAACGUUCACCUUCAGCCAGUAAUCACAGAUCUGGUCAAAGGCUUGCUACCAAGAUUGAAGGAAAAAGUUGAUCUUCUGGUGUUUAAUCCCCCCUACGUAGUGACUCCUCCUGAAGAGGUAGGAAGUCACGGAAUUGAGGCAGCUUGGGCUGGUGGCAGAAAAGGCCGAGAAGUCAUGGACAGACUCUUCCCACUGGCUCCAGAUCUCCUUUCACCUGGAGGCUUAUUCUACUUAGUUACCAUUAAAGAGAACCAUCCAGAAGAAAUUUUGAAAACAAUGAAGACAAAAGGUCUACAAGGGACCACUGCACUUUCCAGGCAAGCUGGUGGAGAAAUCCUUUCAGUCCUGAAGUUCACCAAGUCUUAAUGUACAGUCUGCUGGAUAUGCUGAAAAUCUAGAGAGUGAAUGAAAUGUUUUAUACUGAAUACAUGUAUAUGUAGAAACUGAAAGUAUUCUGCAUAUUUUGAAACUAAGUCAUUUCUUAAUGAGUACAAUUAUGAGAAACAUGUGGAUAAAGGUAGAAUCACCAAGAACAGACCUAUAUUAUUUUGUACAGGCAAAGAGUACACACACACACACAUACACACACACACACGAUAUAAUUUGCAUUUUAUAAAUGAAGGCACUUAUAAAGAUUUGUCUCGAAUCUUUAUAAGUAAUAGCAGAACAAUGAAGUCAACCUGAAUGUCAAUCAGUAAAAGAUUGGAAAAUAAAUUAUAGUAUAGUCAUGUUACAGAGCAUUAGAACUUACCCAGCCACUAAACAUGAGUCAAAGAUACCCUGAACCAGAGGGGGUUCAUAAUGUACUAGUAAGAAAAUAUAUAUGUUUUUGAAAAAAAUUCAUAGCAGGCAUGUUUAAAUAUGUAUAUAAGAAAGUCUAAGAUAAAUAAUGGGUGGGAAUGGAGAA